GCAGCGGAAGAAGAAGUAUCGAGAAAUCUCCGAGGCGACUGCUUGGAACAGGACGGAGGGUUCUAGCGGAAGCCCGAGAAAUCGCGAGCCACCCGAGUCACGAUGGGGAGGGCCUGCCGCAUUGCGUCGGUGCAUGGUUUAUAUCGCUUUCCGAUAGGUUCGAAUCGCAGAGUGGAAAUCGUUGGAGACCGCAGAGACGAGGUUGAGCGCGAUCUGCAUCGUUAGUGCACCGAAGGUGGUCCAGAGAUUUUGGCGAUAGCAGUGUAUUGAAGGUUCCGCUUGCAGAAGCACGAUGGCGUUUUACAUGUUCCAGUUCCCCGAAGAAUAUGAAAAGCAUAUGUCGCAGCCUCAGAAGACGUACGUGCGAGACUCUAAGGCUAUGGCAAAUACAGCUGUGGAUGUCAAGGAUCUGCCCAAUGCUUACCAAUUCAUCGCGGACAUGCCUGGCAUCAAAUCUUCAGAUGUCAAGGUAGAGUUGGAAAAUGGGAAUGUCUUGAAGAUCAGCGGAGUGAGAAAGCGAGAUGAUCCUACUCCUGAUACAAAAUAUCUCAAGAUUGAACGGAGUGCGGGAGAAUUCAUGCGGAAGUUCACCUUACCUGAAGAUGCAAAUAAAGAUGCCAUCACUGCGGCAUGCCAACACGGGAUUUUGACUGUUACCGUGCCGAAGGUUCCUCCUCCGGAACCAGCCAAGCCCAGGUCAAUCGAGGUGAAAGUCGGUUGAAGAUGAACGGCAUUUGAGUUCGUUUGUGCGAUCAAACAUAGAUUGAGGAGUUUUCAGCCGCACAUGUACAGUUUCCUUCUGCAGGCUGUAUCAGUCUUCUUUUGAUGUUUUUUUAUUCGAAAUUUCUUCAAACUACUCCAGAUGACCGUUUAGAAGCUUGAGAUAGAAGGCUUCCUUCACGAUCGGCUGAUUCAAGCAAGAAUUCAAAGCCACUAGCGACCAGGGAUGUAACGCCAAAAGACAUCAUAGUAUUCAUCAUGGGAACAGAAUGGUGACAUUGAAGCUUCAGCUAAUCGAACUCCUCAGGCUUUGAGUGAUAAGUUCAGGGACAGACCAGGCAGGAGUCUAUUGUUCGUCGGUGAAAUUUUCUAUUAUGGUCCUAUAGAUUGGACUUCGGCUUGACAAGGAUUGAGAUAAUAUUGUAGAACAGGUUGCGACAGAGUUCGUUUUUAUAGUGUAUGAUUGACAGAUAUGCGUUUCAAUAAAGUGCGAUUACAGUACAUUUCU